AUGACUCAGGCCUUCUGGAGGCUCUACAAGUCCAAAGUGCUGCAGACGCUGGGUGGCGAGCAGGCGGACGAGGAGGCGGAGCCCCCCGAGCUGAUGGAGACGGCAGAGCCGCCGGUGCUGGCGGAGGAGGCAGCCAGCCCCGUGGCCCAGCUGGCGCGCAAGGUCCAGGGCGUGGGAGCCAAGGGCUGGCGCACGCUCUCGUCCCUCUUCGGCCGCGAGGACGAACACCAGCUGCUCGGCCCGGAGCCCUGCACCGACCACCCGCUGGCCACUUCGCCGGCCGAGCUGCCCCCCGCCAAGGCGCCCGGCUUCUGGGACCUCUUCGCUAGCAAGUGGCAUCAGGCUUCGGCGUCGGACGAGCCGGAGCCGGGCGAGAGCCCCGGGGAGCCCGGCGACCCCGCCGGCGACGGCGGCUCCUGCGCCAGCCUGGGCAGCGACCUGCGCCAGCCGGAGGAAGGCGCCUUCAGGUGGGGUUUCCUGGCUGGAAAGCUUGCCGAGAUCCGGAAUAAAAAUGCUCCCAAGGGCAAUUAA